AUGAACACGGAAACUGUCGCUGAACGUCGUAGAAAGGUUCUCGUUGGAGAGCUACCACCUCACUUCCUUCGUCUUGCUGUUCCAGUUCAACAAGUUGCUGAGCCAGAGGUUGUCCAACCACGUAUCGUGAGCUUCGUUCCUCCGAACACUCGCGGACGUCUCUCUGUCACUAUUCUCGAGGCGAAUCUUGUCAAGAACUAUGGACUGGUUCGAAUGGACCCAUACUGCCGGUUAGUUGAGAAACAUUUGCAGCUAAAAAAGAGAAAUUGUAGAGUCCGUGUUGGAAACGUUGCCUUCGACACGAAUGUGGCUGCCAAUGCUGGUCGUUCUCCAACCUGGAACCGAACUCUGAAUGCGUACCUUCCAAUGAAUGUGGAGAGUAUCUACAUUCAGAUCUUCGACGAGAAAGCGUUCGGACCAGACGAGGUCAUUGCUUGGGCUCAUAUCAUGCUGCCAUUGCCAAUCUUCAACGGAGAUAAUCUUGAAGACUACUUCCAAUUAUCUGGACAACAAGGAGAAGGAAAAGAGGGAAUGAUCCAUCUUCACUUCGCUUUCGUUCCAAUCGACUUGCCAACUCCUUUGCCGGAAACUCAACAAGUUCAGGAAGAUGCUCCAGCACCGCUUCCAGUGGAAAUCACAGAGGAAGACACCAAGGAGAUCCAGGAGAUGUUCCCGACGGUCGACAAGGAAGUCAUCAAGUGCAUUCUUGAGGAGAGAAGAGGUGAUAAGGAAUCUGCUGUCAGCGCAAUUCUGGAGAUGACUGCGGCCACCGAGAGCACCUAA